GUGAAAGGUCAAAUUCGUCCUACGAGGUUCCUCUGGUUUAUGGAGAAGCCUUUUACUUUCUUUAGUAGACAUUGCUGAAACUACGUCAGUAAAUAAAUAAUCAGUGUUGAAUAUGUCGUCUGAUAAACCGAUCGGACCUGCUUUACCUCCGAUGUUCAGACGGGAGGAGAGCGAUGAGGACUCUGAUGAUGAUGGAGGGUUCUCUGGCCCUGCGCUGCCUCCUGGGUACAAACGGGGAGGACCGUCCAGCUCCUCUGAUGACAGUGAGCAGGAGGUGACGGUCAAAAGAGCAAAAACAAGACACACAGCUGCAGAGAAGGAGGAGAACACAAAGGAGGAAGAAAAAGAAGAUGAUGAUGAUGGUUUCUUUGGACCAGCCCUUCCUCCAGGAUUCAAGAAACAGCAGAGUUCACCAGACAGGCGACCUGUGCUGGGACCAGCUUUGCCUCCUGGGUUUCGCAGAGCAGCAUAUGAAAACAAUGAUGAUGGUGAAGAUGAAGAUAAUUUCCAAGGGCCUGCCCUGCCGCCUGGCUACCAGGCUGAGUCCUCCAGCAGCGAGGGAGAGGACGAGGAUGUGAUUGGACCCAUGCCGUCCAAAGGGCCCGUUGAAGACUCGGUGGCUCUGGACUUUGAGCGCAGAGCACAGAGGAUGAAAGAGAAGCUGACAGGAAGUGACGCCCCUGAGGUGCUGGCCAGAGAAACGUGGAUGACGGAGCUCCCACCAGAAUUGCAGCACAUUGGCCUGGGGGCUCGAACCUUCAAGAAGAAGUCAGGUCCAGAGAACAAGGAUCGCUCCAUGUGGACAGAUACACCAGCAGACAGGGAGCGCAAGGCCAGGGAACGCCUUGAAAGAAAGCAGAAGGGUGAGGUGGAGAAAGACGAUGUCCCACAGCUCUCCCAGAAGGACGUGGAAAUGGCAGAGAAAGUGUCUAAGUAUAAUGAGUCUAAACGUGCUGAGUCUCUGGUGAGUAUGCACACGAAGAAGAUGAAGGAGAAAGCAAAGGAGAAGGCCAACAAACCGGCAGAGAGGAGGCCAUUUGAUCGGGAUGAAGAUCUGCAGGUGAAUCGCUUUGAUGAAGCGCAGAAGCAGCGGCUGCUGAAGAAAUCUCAGGAACUCAACACACGAUUCUCCCACAGCAGAGACCGAAUGUUCCUGUAACACACUGUCAGAAUGUUCAGUUAGUGUCUGAGAUUUUGAGACUCUGAGAUUUUGUACAAUAUGGACUAUGUUUGUACGGAUAUUCGUGUUACACAAAUGGAGAAUUGGAUUUAACUAAACUGGAUUAAACAGACUUUAAAGACGUGGUAGGCGUGUCCAUUUAUGGGAGCUCAUGUCACUGACUGGGCUCAGUGCUACAGCAGAUGUUUCAAAUGAUUAAAGCUGUUAUAAAGCAGCAGCCAGUGAGCUUGCAUUUUUCCAGGAGACACUGUGUUGAUGACAUGAGUGGACAUGCUCAAAUAAAUGACUUAUUUUUCAUACACUGAUUGAUUUUGUGAAAAACCUUUUGUACAGAUAGUUGUAAGAUUUGUUGUAAUGCCGUAUGCCCUUCCUGUAGCUUUGCAAUCUUUCAUGUGUCCAAUAAACUGCUUU